AUGGAAACUGCUGAAAGCACAAAUGCCUCAGCCCCAGACCAGCUGAGUUUGGCCCUGGCCUGGAACAGAGUGGACAUCGCUCGCAGUCAGAUCUUUGUGUACGGACACCACUGGCCUCCUGUGAGUGCCCUGCCCACCAACGCCCCAUCACAGGACCGUCCCAAGAGUCCAGCAGCCGCGCCCCGAGUUGGGAAGGGGAUGGCCCGUGGCAAGAAGGGCAAGGGUGGAAAGACCAAACCUGAGCCCCCUGUAGAGACUGAUCCCAGGAAAUUAGAGCUGCUUAACUGGGUGAACUCUCUGGAGCAGGCCAUGAUGGAUGCACUUGUGUUGGACAGAGUGGAUUUUGUCAAGCUGCUGAUUGAGAACGGGGUCAAUAUUCACAAUUUUCUCACGAUUCCUCGACUGGAGGAACUGUACAACACGGGAAAUCUUCCACCUGAUUACCAGAUUACCUUGAUCGACAUUGGUCUGGUCCUGGAGUUCCUCAUGGGCGGAGCUUAUCGCUGUCACUACACCAGGAAGAGUUUCCGCAUCCUUUACAACAACCUAUAUGGGUUGAAAAGAGAUGAUGACCCACGUUCAAAGGGCAAGGGCAAGAAAAAUAAGAAGAAGAAAGAGGAGGAACUGGACAUAGAUGUAGAUGACCCUGAGGUCAGCCGGUUCCAGUACCCGUUCCAUGAACUGAUGGUUUGGGCAGUACUGAUGAAGCGCCAGAAGAUGGCGCUCUUUUUAUGGCAGAGAGGGGAAGAGGCCAUGGCCAAAGCACUGGUCGCUUGUAAGCUUUAUAAGGCUAUGGCCCACGAGUCUUCACAGAGUGAACUUGUAGAUGACAUUUUCCAAGACCUGGAAAACAACUCCAAGGAAUUUGGCCAGCUUGCCUAUGAACUCCUGGACCAAUCCUAUAAACACGACGAGCAGGUGGCAAUGAAGCUUCUGACCUACGAACUGAAAAACUGGAGCAACUCCACCUGUCUGAAGCUGGCGGUGGCUGCCAAACACAGAGACUUCAUCGCCCACACCUGCAGCCAGAUGCUGUUGACAGACAUGUGGAUGGGCUGUCUGAGGAUGGGAAAGAGCCAUGGGUUGAGGGUCAUUUUUGGAAUUAUUUUUCCACCAUCAAUUCUACUGUUGGAUUUCCGCCUUGGAGAUGAAGCCACAUAUCACGCAUCAGAAAAUGAAGACGCUAAGGAGAAAGAUGAUGACAACAAAUCCAGCAGGGAUGUCAACACUGAUGCAGUAUCCAAGAAGGGGGAUGAAGAGGAAGGCCACAAGAAGCAGAGGAGAGUUCCAAUUGGAAGGAAGAUUUAUGACUUCUACAACACCCCAUUCACCAAGUUCUGGUUCAACACUAUCACCUACUUUGGAUACCUCAUGUUAUACAACUACAUCAUCUUGGUGAAGAUGGAACGCUGGCCAUCCUUGCAAGAGGGUAUCGUUAUCUCUUACAUCAUCACUCUGGGACUGGAAAAAGUCAGGCAGAUCCUGAUGUCUGAGCCGGGUAAGCUAAAGCAGAAGAUCAACGUGUGGCUGGAGGAGUACUGGAAUAUAACAGACCUGGUAGCCAUCUCUGUGUUCCUUCUGGGCCUAAUGCUGCGAUUGCAGAACGAGCCCUACAUGGGUUGGGGCCGGGUCAUUUACUGCAUUGACAUCAUCUUCUGGUACAUCCGCGUUCUGGACAUCUUUGGGGUCAACAAGUACCUGGGACCAUAUGUCAUGAUGAUUGGGAAAAUGAUGAUUGACAUGCUAUAUUUUGUGGUGAUAAUGCUGGUGGUGCUCAUGAGCUUUGGCGUGGCACGGCAGGCCAUCCUUCACCCUGACGAGGAGCCUACCUGGCGCCUGGCCCGGAACAUCUUCUACAUGCCCUACUGGAUGAUCUAUGGAGAAGUGUUUGCGGACUCGAUAGACCCACCAUGUGGUGACAAUUUGUAUGAUGAGGACGGAAAAAAACUGCCACCUUGUAUCCCCGGUGCCUGGCUAACUCCUGCCAUCAUGGCCUGCUAUUUAUUGGUGGCCAACAUCCUGCUAGUCAACCUUCUUAUAGCUGUCUUCAACAACACCUUCUUUGAGGUGAAGUCCAUAUCCAACCAGGUGUGGAAGUUCCAGCGCUACCAGCUGAUCAUGACCUUCCAUGACCGGCCAAUCCUGCCCCCCCCCCUCAUUAUUUUCAGCCACAUCUACAUCCUCCUCAAACGCAUCUGCUGCCGUUGCAAGAAAAGACAGGAGGGAGAGCAAGAUGAAAGAGACAGAGGCCUCCAGCUUGUGCUGAACUCAGAGGAGCUUAAGAGCCUGUAUGAGUUUGAGGAGCAGUGUGUCGAAGAGUACUUCCGUGAGAAGGAGGAUGAGGAACAGUCAUCUAACAACGAACGCAUUCGAGUCACGUCUGAGAGGGUGGAGAACAUGUCCAUGCGCCUGGAAGAGGUGAACGAGAGAGAGCACUCCAUGAAGGCCUCCCUGCAGACGGUGGACCUUCGACUGGCCCAGCUGGAGGAGUUCUCUGGCCGCAUGAUGAAUGCCCUGGAGAAGCUGGCCGGGGUGGACCGCGCCGACCUAGUUCGGACACGAUCCGGGGGCUCAACUGUCGGUGAACCAAACACCCUACUUCGACACAGCAGCAUCAACAGCGCAGACGGUUACAGCGUCUAUCGCUACCACCUGGACAACAGCGACGAUCGGCAUUCUGAAUAUGGAGAGUCUGGAGAAAAACGAAGCCAGAGUCCAGAGGGGAAGGGGAGUUUUCACGAUUUGAGUCCUGCUUCGGCUGGUAAUACUACAGUCAGAGAGUAUGGGGCAACGCUGGAUGUGAUAGUCCCUCAGGACAGGAGACGAUCCAACUCCAGUGUGGACAUCCUGAUCUCACCAUGUGAUGCAGAGAAACAGGAGACCCCAGCACCUGCUCUUGUAGAACCUCCAUCAAAGCCCAGCACGGAGUUGAUGGAUGCUGCCCUGGAGAAAGCUGGGGUGGCCAUGGAGAAGAUCAAAUUGGAAGCGGCCAUUUCGUAUCCCCUGGAAAGGGCAAAGACUCUGCAAUACUGUCCCUCAGAGACCCUCAGCAAUUCUCCGUCCUCCAGCCGAAGAUCCAUGAGUAGCAUGAUGUUUACACCUGCAGAAGGUUCCGAGGGAGCAAGGACUAAGUGGGCCAUGGACUACAACAGCUCCACUACAGAGCAGGCGAUUAAGUCCCCUAUCAUGGGUGACUGGGCGUCCAAGUUUGAGUACAAAGUUCACCCAUGUCCGUUUGGCCACUCUCCCAUGGUAUCGAUGGUGAGUUCCAAUGAAAUACCACUCCCCUCUAGACAAACUACUGAGAGAAUACCAGUAAAUGAAAGAGUGCUAGCAGAUACACAAGAGCCAGGGACUGUCGAGAGCCAGCAAGAUGGAGAGGAGGAAGCCCAAGAGGCCAAGGAGAACAAGGAGGGGAAGGAGGCCAAGGAUACUGAUCAUCUGCUAGUGGCGGAAGACAGGUUUUAUCCAUCUCUCAGGUCGAAGAGCUUGAACACCAACCCCAGGAAAGCUAAGGUUAGAGGGAACAGUCUGGAGAAGCCCAGGUCAGCAAGCAGUGUCAGGGACCUGGCAUUAGCUUUUGCAGGAUCCGGGGAAAAAGUUUGGGGAGACUCUAAGGACACCAAAUAA